GUUUGAAAUAUACCUGAGCCCAUCUUCCAUCGACUGAGACUGACUUUGAGGAUUCUUGAAAUACAGAUCCUUCGUCUCUAUCCCUCGAUUGUUAGCAUCCACACCGCCAACAUGUCGCAGAAACCCAUCUUCGUAGCGACUCACCCCAGGGCCUGCUCGACGGCCUUUGAGCGGGUCUUUAUGACCCGUCACAAAACGCUUCAAUGCGUGCACGAGCCUUUUGGCGAUGCCUACUACUUCGGUCCUGAGCGUCUUGCCGAAAGAUACGAGAAUGACCCAGAGGCGAGGAAAGAGAGCGGUUACGCCGAGAGCACAUACAGAUCCAUCUUCGAUCAUAUCGCGAGGGAAAACUCAGAGGGCAAACGUGCUUUCAUCAAAGAUAUGGCACAAUACUGGAUACCUCCCAACGGUAAACCUGCAACAGUUGCUCCGUCGCUAGCCAACUACAGAAGUGGCGUCGGAACCGACACUACUGCUCUCUCGCCAGUCCAAUCCAGGACCGGUAAGGAAGGACCACCGUACCCAUACGAUACCAAAGGCGAGCCAAAUAACCCAACUGUCAUUCCAGCCGACCUUCUGGCGACCUACCAUUUCACCUUCCUGAUCCGCCACCCAAAAUACAGCAUUCCUAGCUACUACCGCUGCACGAUCCCUCCACUUGACAAGAUGACUGGAUUUUACAACUUCCGUCCUGAUGAAGCCGGAUACGAGGAGCUCCGCCAGCUAUUCAACUACCUCCGCAGCGAGGGCCAGAUUGGGCCGAAACUUGCUGGUCAAACCGAUCCCAACGGACAGGCCGAAGUCAAUGGCCACACGGGCGGCGUUGAGAUCUGCGUCAUCGAUGCCGACGAUCUGCUAGACAACCCGUCCGGCGUUAUCGAGGCGUACUGCAAGAGUACGGGCAUCAAGUGGGAGCCAGAGAUGUUGAUUUGGGACACCGAGGAAGAUCAGAAGAUUGCAAAGGAGGCGUUUGAGAAGUGGAAGGGCUUCCAUGAGGAUGCGCUUGAUAGCGAUAGGUUGAGGGCGAGGACACACAAAAAAGCGCCAAAGAGCGACGAGGAGCUCUUCGGAGAGUGGACGGAGAAAUACGGUGAAAAGGGCGCAAACGUCAUCAGGGACACUGUCGCCGCUAACGUCGAGCAUUACGAGUACUUGAAACAGUUUGCUAUCAAGGUCUAGUUACCUGUUGACGCUGUCAAGAAAUGACAUGGUCGCGAAACCACAAACAAAUGACCCGCGAUGAGGAUAAAUUAAGCAUGUAAUAUCUUUCCAAGUGGUACGAUGAGUACCACUGUUCCCUUGGACUUUUUCUUUUACAAUUACAAGAUACCAACGAAUGCACCCCCUAAAUAGUAGAAUCUCCAAUUUUUCCAACA